GGGUAGCUAGUUACUAACUGAUGUAGUAUGUCAAGCACACUAUAGGUUGAAGCUCUCCUUUCUGUUUGGAGAAUAUGAAGAGCUUUAUAUAGCCACCGUUAUCCAGGAAGAAAGAAUGCCAGGGAUGCCAGUGACCAUAUUUGAACAGCGUCUGCUCACACCGCUCUUGUGCAAACCUGCUCGUCUAGGUCCACUCUAAGCUUGUGUGAGUGUGCACACAGCCGCACACUCAGCGCUGUAGUUCCAGCGGAUCACCACUAUCAGGCAAUGUAACUCCUCAUCUGGCCGUGACGGUCGACCUGCUCUGACUCACUGAAGGAAAACUUCACCCUCUCCUUCCAGCACUUUCUGGUUUGCUCUUCUUGACUCUCCGCUCAACUGACUGACAACAUCCCGUUCCAGACCUGCCGAGGAAUCUUCUCUGCUUCACUUUAUCUCUUUCCAUCCUGAUCUGUAACUGGUCUGCAGUUGCAGACAGAGGUUGGACUUAAAGCGAUCUUCACUUUUUUUUUUUCUAUUCCCCCCCUACUGGUGUUGCGUGCGUCCAUGAGUGUGGUUGAGUUUCCGUGAGUCAGUAUGCCAUGUCGUCCCCUGGCUCGUCGUUUGUACAGAUAAAGCAUGAGGAUUUGCUUUUCUAUGAGAAUUGUGGAGGAGGCAGCUUUGGGAGCGUCUACAGGGCCCACUGGAUAUCCCAGGAGAAGGAGGUGGCUGUGAAGAAGCUUCUCAAGAUCGACAAAGAGGCUGAGAUUCUCAGUGUACUGAGUCAUAAGAACAUCAUUCAGUUUUAUGGAGCCGUGCUGGAACCUCCCAACUAUGGCAUUGUCACAGAAUAUGCGAGCGGGGGGUCUCUGUAUGAGUACAUUUCCAGUGAGCAGAGUGAGGAAAUGGACAUGGAGCAAAUCAUGACAUGGGCCAUACAAAUAGCCAAAGGGAUGCAUUACCUCCACGCAGAAGCUCCAGUCAAAGUGAUACACAGAGACCUCAAGUCACGAAAUGUGGUGAUGACUGCAGACAAAGUGCUAAAGAUAUGUGACUUUGGAGCAUCUAAGUUUCUAUCUCACACCACCCAUAUGACUGUGGUGGGCACUUUUCCCUGGAUGGCUCCUGAAGUUAUUCAGAGUCUACCUGUCUCUGAGACCUGUGAUACCUACUCAUACGGUGUGGUGCUGUGGGAGAUGCUGACUCGGGAGGUUCCUUUCAAAGGUUUCGAGGGGCUGCAGGUUGCGUGGCUGGUGGUGGAGAAGCAAGAGAGGCUAACCAUCCCCACCAGCUGCCCUGCAAGUUUUGCAGAGUUGAUGCGCAAAUGUUGGCAAGCAGAUCCAAAGGAACGACCGCAAUUCAAGCAUGUGCUGCUAACCUUGGAGACCAUGGCCAACGACAGCAGGCUGCCAGACCAGUGCAACUCUUUCCUACAUAACAAGGACCAGUGGAGAUGUGAAAUUGAAUCCACCCUUGAGCGCCUCCGGAAGCUGGAGAGGGAGCUGUACUCUAAAGAGAAAGAGCUAGAGGAGAGGGAGAGGAGGCUCAGACUGUGGGAGGAGAGGCUGAUGGAAAGGUCCAACAGGACUCCCAGUCCCACCUCUCUACUCAUGGACCGCUCAAACAUUUCACCAUUCUUCACACCCAUGUCCAUUGGUUCCUCUGGCUCCUUCUUCCGCUCACACUCCCAGGACUCCAACAGCACCAGCCUCAGCAGCGCGGGGGUCAGCAGCGCUGGUGUCAGCUGUCUCCUCCGCACACUCAGCAAUGGGGACACAGAACGAGGGAGCAGUGCUGUGCUGGAGAGGGGGGUGGGUUCUCUCGACAGCGGCAGGCUGCACGUCAUGCUUCGAGGGUUGCAGGGGAGGUUCGAUGAGGAGGGGAAAGAGGAAGGAACUAUUGAGGAGAAAGAUUGGGGACAUAAGGAACAAAAUGAUAGUGGGAGUUUGGAGGGAGGAAGGGUACAGGUAACACUCAGGAGCUUCCCAGGAGGCAUCGUCGAGAGGAAGGAGAGGACCUGGGAAGAGGGGGACAGAGAGAGAGGAGGCAUGCAGAGAAGCAGAGUGACCACCAUAGUCCGAGGAUAUUCAGGAGGAUUCGGGGAGGCAGAGGGGGAGAGUGAGAAGGAGGGAGGGUGGGAGAUUGAAAAAUUAGGGGACAAGUUGGAGGAGAAAGAGGCGGAGGAAGGGCUUGAGGGAAGUAGGCUGCCAUCCAUGUUUAAGGGUCUCCGAGGAAGUUUUGGAAGCCUGGGGGACAUGCUGUCCUUGGACAUGGAUGAGAUGGGGGAGGUGGACAGACUCGGUGACCUGGACAUGAACAUGAACAUGGGCGACCUGGGAGUGAUGAAGGUGAUGGGUCAGGGUGUCAGGAGUGAAGUGGGCGUUAGGGGUCGCAGAAGUGACGUGGGAGUUGUAGUCCAGGGUGUCCGGGGCGACCUCAGCGAGGCCAUCAGCCAGAAGAUAAGAGGCGAAGUGGGCGUCGUCGGCCGCUCUGGGAUGCAGGUGAGCAUGCGGGCAUCUUCCAAUCAGAACUCUGUGAAGAGCUGCAGCGUGCGACACGGAACAAAGAUCAACAUGGCGACGACCGCCAUGGACAUGAUGGAGCUCGACUGGUCUGACAGUGACUAGGAAACGCACGGGCAGACGCGUUCACAGCAAGCAGAUAUGGAAAAAUGAUGUAACGUGUUCCCCCAGAAAGCAUUUGAGUUACAGAUUGUGUCACAGGCUUCAGGUGAGGCAGACACGAAUCAUUUUAAAUUAAGUUUAAUAAUCCACCCAUGUGUUUCGAGAGAUAGCAAAGUCAUACAAGCCCUUUUCA